AUGUCUGCAAUCGUUGUUAGGAGUGAAUUUUGGAACAAUUCAAUAAUCCAGUUCUUAAGAAACAUUGUCCCAAAGACAGUAACAUUCAGAGAAUCGAAAGGAAUCAGUGUUGAUAUUCUCGUUCCUUUCUGUAAUUCGAUAUCAUUCUAUUUUGUCGAUGCAUCAAGUAUCGAUAGUUCGACAUUCGUCUAUCUGAACAGAAUUGUUUCAUCGUUCAAGUCAACAGUCGUCAUCGCGAAAGUUGAAGAAAGAAACAUGAACAAUUACACUUCUUUGUUAUCGAAUGCACCAAAAUCCAUAUCAUGCAUUACUUAUUUCAACACAAAAGGAUUCGAGAAAGCGAGUGCAAACUUCGUUUUCGAAAUCAUUAAAAUACGCGGAUUCUAUUUUUGA